AUGACCUUCAUGGACUCCAUCCUAGACCACCGCUCGCCCACCACAGACCACGUUUUCAAAACCGGCAUCGCCCUCUCCACCCACCCAUCCACCUCCUGCAUCGAACCCCUCCCGCGCCUCGACUACUUCCUCCUGAACCGACUCAUCACCCUCGCGCGUCCCUACCUCACCAAGCGCCAACUCAAGCGCAUGGACUACAUGGCCGACGGCCGACGGAGCUUCUACGAGGCCCAUCACAAAUCCCAGGUCGCGUACCGCGACCUCCUCGACGCGUACGCCUGCGCCGAAACCCUCGACCGAACCUCCGAGGCGCUACGCCGUCAGCUCGCUCACACCCUCGCCGGCGACGACGACAACAACAACAACGACGCGACGGCGGCCACGUUGCGACACCGCCUCGUCACCCUCGAGACCCAGCGCCGCGCCACCAACGAGGACAUGCGCCUCCGCCUCCACGUCCUCCGCGCCAAGGCCAAAAACCGCCACCACGUCGCGGCCUGGUACUCGGACCUCAAGGUCGUCUUCCUGCGGGACGAGAUGCCCUGGCUCGCGGCGUUGGGGCGGCGCAGUUACGAUCGGGCCGCGGGACGGCGGGGGUCGGACCGCGGGUCCGACGGCGGAGGAGGGUCGGCGGCGGGGGGGGAGGACGAGUGCGUUGGUCCGGUGUGUUUUCUCGGUAUCAGAGAGCGAAGUGGUGUCAUCAAAAUGACGAUGGGUACCGAUAUUGAGUUUAGUUAA